CCGGUCAUCAAAUGCACACUCAACUCAAUUGGUGAGAAAUUUGUGGUUGGGGGCAGCUAUCUCCAGGAUUACGCCAGCAGCACAGUCGCCGUUGCCGUUAACGGCGAUGUCAGGCCCCUUUCCGGUACAAGCUGGCACACAGCCAAGUGGUACGUCUGCAGCAGCCGCACAGACUGUUACUUCUUCUUCUUCUGGUCCAGCGGCUGGUGCUACACCACAGCCGCAACAAACUGUUCCACCACAUGCACAACAGCAAGGUCAAUGGUACCCAAAGACCCCAAUGAAACCGCCCCUUGCCUUCUCCGGUGAGAAGAAGGACGAGGAACUCAACACUUGGUUGAGAACAGUUCCAGUGUGGGUAAGGGCAAAGAGGACUUCGCAGGAGGAGGAGGUGAUUACUGUUCCAUCUUACCUGGAGGGUAAGGCAGCCAAAUGGAUGGAUGGAUUAGUAGCAAAGGCCGGGCUCGGACGACGCAUGGCAGAUUGGGGUAAGACCCUGACUUUAGAAGAGUUUUUUGAUAUGGUAGAAGCUCGUUGGCACAAUCCGCAGCAGGCACAAAUUGUCACUGACGCGAUGCUAAGACUAGACCAAAGGAAGUACAAGUCAGUCAGAGAGCUAACGUCUACCGUAGAGAGCCUCAUCGUUGUUCUCGGUAUACGCUACGAUGACCAAGUCUUAUUGACCACGUUUCUGAGAUGUCUGUCCGAGAAUCUCAUAAAUUUGCUAGCCAGCGAGGCUCGCCUCGAGUAUCAUUCGUUUGAGACCUUCUCUAGAAAGGCCUUAGAUUUAGAGGCUACUCUAGGAAUUGCUCAACCUACUCCAGUAGACAGGAGGAAGAAGAAGAGUCCACAGGAGUGGAAAAAGAAGGGGAGUCGAUUGAUGAUGGUUGAGUCUGAUGGGACCCAAACCCAGAUCGAUGAACUUUCUGACCUGAUGGACAGUCCAGAGUACGACGGCGAGGAAACCGUUGAGGGUAGCACCCUCGCCGCAGUAGUGAAGACUAAGGCAAGUGGCCGAGGGAAGGGCCAUCAAAAGAGUCAAGGGCAGACCGCCUCCAAUCAGUCCAAAGUAGCAGAUUGGGUUAAGGCAUGUCUUGAUCAAGAAGUGAGGCGGGACCGCCGAGUGCGUGGUGCUUGCAUCAACUAUGGUGAAUACGAUCACACCCAGUACAAAUGCAAGAACGCAAAGUGCCAUCAGCCUCAAGAAGGUGAUGAUAAGGUAUUGAAAGUGAAUGACUCCGAUCUCAGGAAGAGACGGGAGGAUAUUCACAGUUCAGGGGGGGAUAAUCAGGAUAAUGUGGAUGAUGAUUGGAAUAAUGAUGAUGUUAAUGAUUUGGAUGACGAUACUGGUGAUAUGAAUCGUUGGAAUCAGAAGACUGGUGAUGGCGAUAAUGACGGUGAUAGUGAAUGCUUGGAAUCAGUGGAAUCACCUCAAAACGAUGAUGAUGAUGAUGAUGAUGAUGAGGAGGAGGAGGAGGAGGAGGACAGUGGCGAUAUGAAUCAUUGGAAUCAGAAGACGGGGGAUGGAGAAAGGGAAGGUGAUAACACAGGACUGGGCUAUACAGUUCACUGCGAUAAGAAGACAAGUGAAGACAGGAGAGUGUAUUUUAAAGAUUCCAAUGACAUGAGACGCAGUGAGCAGAAGGAUGGCGAAGACAACAGUGUUGAAAAAGCUCGUCGGGUGAUGGUGGUACGCACUAUGGUGUAAGCUCUCAGGCACCCCCUUCCAAUGGGAUAUUGGCCUUAUAUUGUUGGGAAGGCAAACAGACUACCCAGCCACCUGGUCUGCUUUUCAACAAAAACUGUUCAAGUCCACCCGCCUGGCCAUACUCAUGGUUAUUUGGAGAACACAAUGUUCUGUCGAACGCAAAGAGUUCAUCUUUGGCCUCCCUGAGGCUAAAGUGGAGAUUGGGGAACUCAUUAGGGCUAACAUAGUAAAGGCCAAUAAGAACC